AUGGACACCCUCCCAGUGGAACUGAUAAGAAGUAUUCUUCAAAAUUUAAAACCCUCGUUUUCCCCACCAACAUUGGCCAGAGAUGCGGUCUGGGAUGAAAGAGAUGCCAUUCCAAACUGGUGGUCCCGCGAACAUCUGAGACAUCAGAAGAGACGCUCGAUAUACGAAGAACUCAGUGAUUUUGAAGAGGAAUUACCUAGCGCUAAUCAUGAUCCCACUGUCCAUUAUAGAACACUUCUUCCACUAAGGCUGGUCAACCGAUUCUUCAACGAGGUUUUCACGGCAUUUGUAUAUCAGGAGCUCAAUCUGUUUGACCCAGAGGAGGAGACGGCCGAUGACGAAAUUGUCAGGAAGUAUGGAGAACAUAUCACUAUCAUUCGCGCUCGUCUAGUCGUGAACGGCAAUGGUUCUGAUGAGAUGAGGCUGACUAGAAUAUUGUCUUUAUGUGGCAAUGUUCAAUCUCUUGGCUUAUACUAUGAUAGAACCGUAACGACACCCCAGUCCUUCACGCAAACGUCGCUUGCAGCAGAAAUUAUGUCGUGCAUCGAGAACAAGCGACUCCGAUCUCUAGGGUUUUACUCUGAUUUAAGCCGUGUUCACCCGGGAGGCGAUAUCAGCACUAAUGAUCAAGACUUAUUUUACGAAAUAGCAAAGUCUAACCAAGCCAAACUAAUAAAGAGGUUAGAUGUAUAUUUUGAUUCCAUACCCUCCACGGUAUACACACUACUUCGUACCCGUUUUACAGGCUUGGAGGCUCUGGACAUUCGCGAAACAUUUGCAAGAGAAGUUGGUCCUAUUUGGGUGGAAGGUUCCAAAGAACCGUUCUGGGCAACCUAUGCCAAUCUUACCACUCUGAAAAUGAUCGGCUGGCACAACGUAUAUCCACCUCUCAUCGCUAAACUCAUUUGCCAUUUUCCCGCAAUAGAACACUUCAUGAUAUCCGCAUGUGGAGAUCCCUCUCCAGCGGUACCCCACGGGCGGAGUAAAGGCUGGAGUUUCCAUCCCGAUGGGUGGUGGAACCAACGCAGACCACUUAAAUCAAUACAUAUGGAACAUAUGAUUCUCUGGGAGAUACUGGCGAUGGGCACAAUUCCCACCUUAGAGAUGACAGCGGUCGGUCUCCGUGCUGCACAUCUUGCCAAAGCAUUCAUUGAAGAUAAUGAAAUCUUUCCGCAUCUGCGUCUACUCCGAAAGGAAUCCUCGAAGAGAUGGGAGCAUGUUCUUGGGGGGGCUGCUGUUAAAUACGAACAGGACAUGGAUCCGGGCUUGUUGAAAGUUUGCGAUUCAAGGGGGAUUGAGCUUCACCGAGAUGGAUCUUGGAUAGUUCACGUAGACUAUGGUUGGUGUGGAACUCAUCCAACAAAUUCUUCUAAAUCUCGAGCCCAACAUUACCUCACCAAUGGUAGGGAAGGAUGCCACUUGGAGGGAACUGGCGCGGAUUCCAAAUUGGUGUCGUUCAGUUGGAGAACGGAUAUAGUCAAUAAGUCACACACCAAUAGGGUUAAUAGACUUUUCAACGACAUAUGCACCCCAUUUGUCUACCAAGAAAUCAACUUAUUCGAUCUAGACGAUGAGCACACGGAGCACAUUGCGGCUUCCUAUGGGAAAUACGUCAAAAUCAUUCGGGCAAGAAUAGUGGCCAACGCCCCCCAACCUUAUGAAAGGAGACUUGUAAACGUCUUGUUUCUGUGCGAAAAUGUCCAAUCCCUUAGCCUUUACUACCGAAGAGUCCUCCAAGCAAUUGACCCUGGUUUCUCUUCGUCACCUCUUCUGCAACGAAUUCUGGCCUCUAUAAAAGGUGGAAAACUUUUAUCUCUCGGAUUCUACUCUCCAAAUAGCUAUAAUAGUCCAGGAGAGAAUCUCGAUGCCAGGGACCAAGGACUACUCUACGGGAUUGCCAUGUCUGACCAGGCAAAGUCAAUAAAAAGACUAGAUCUGUACUUUAGAUCCAUGGCCUUGGAUCUGUACAUCCUCAUUAGAACGCGAUUCAUAGCCCUAGAGGCCUUGACCUUUCGCAACUCACUUGAACCACGAAUUGGACCUAUUUGGACGCUACCCCAGUACAACGAGCCAUACUGGACAUCGUAUUCCAACCUUACUAGCCUACAACUAAUCGGUUGUAGCAACAUAUACCCGCCCCAUAUUCCGGAACUCGUUCGCCAUUUUACUUCAUUGGAGUACUUCUUGAUCUCUGCUUGUGGGGAUCCUUCUCCAUCACUACAGCAUGAACGGAGCAAGGGAUGGAGCUCUCAAUCUGAUGGGUGGUGGAACCAGCGAAAGCCACUCAAAGCAAUGCAUAUCGAGCAUAUGCUCACAUGGGAGAUACUGGUCAUGGGCACCAUCCCCGUCUUGGAGAUCACGGCUACUAGUCUUCAUGCCGCACACCUUGCCAAUACAUUUCUAGGAGAUAAUGAGAUCUUCCCUCAUCUCCAGUUAUUACAUGCUGAACCAUUGGAAAGCAAAGCAUUUGAUGGAUACGAGCGGUUUCUAGUGGAAGGGAAGUCGGAAACAGAGCUAAAGAUGGUGUGUGAUGCAAGGAAGAUAGAGUUCCGACGGGAUGCGACAUGGUUAAUUCACCAUAGGUAUGGCUGGUGGUAG